CUUUGCUGAAACAGUGCACCAGCGCACCCAUAGGUCACGUGACGUGCAAUUGUUGAGCGUCUGCUUUGAACAAAAAUGGGUCCCAAAGCUCAACAGAAGCCAGCAACAGAAUUCAAAUUUAAAGAAGGUGAAAGGGUUCUAUGUUUUCACGGGCCUCUGCUUUACGAGGCCAAAAGCUUGAAAGCCGAAGUUAAGGAUCAACAGAACAAAUAUCUGAUACAUUAUGCUGGAUGGAAUAAAAAUUGGGAUGAAUGGGUGCCAGAAAACCGUGUGCUGAAGUACAAUGAUCAAGCCCUGCAAAAACAAAAGGAAUUGCUCAAAGCCCAUGAAGCUACAUCGAAAGGAAAGAAACAGAUCAAAGGUGUUUCUACUCCUGUCGGUAAACCUUCAGGGCGCAGAUCAGAACCAUCCAAAGGUGGAGGCAACCUGUCAGAUGCCAAUACAUCAGGCAAGGAAACAGAUAGUCGCUCAUCUACGCCAUCACUUCAAGAAAAACCAGCUAAAAGACCAGCCAUUUCUUCUACAGCUGCACCUUCUACCAACAAUUCCGGUGCAUCUUCUUCUGAAAGCUCAAGAAAAAAGACUAGACCUGAUUCUACUGUAGAAUCGGAAGAGCAGUUUUUAUCCAAGGUUGAAGUGAAAAUAAAAAUUCCAGAUGAACUGAAACCCUGGCUUGUUGAUGACUGGGACUACAUUAAUCGACAAAAAAAGUUGGCAAAUUUACCAUCCAAAGUCCCGGUUGACACCAUUUUGGAAGAUUACAUCAAGCACAAAAGCAGUAACCGAGCAACCACCCCAAGCAAAGAGAGUGCCAUUCAGGAGGUCAUGGCCGGCCUGAAAGAAUAUUUCAAUGUGACGCUCGGUUCAUCGUUGCUGUAUAAAUUUGAAAGACUACAAUAUGCUGAUAUUUUGAAGAAUCACCCUGACAAAUCGAUGAGCCAUAUUUAUGGAGCCCCUCAUCUUUUACGAAUGUUCACCCGUCUCGGAAGUAUGUUAGCGUACACUCCACUUGAUGAAAAGUCGAUCCAGUUGCUCCACGUUCACCUCCAAGAUUUUUUAAAAUACAUGGGACGCAACGCUUCAACGCUGUUCAGUGCUCAGGAUUAUGGCAACGCAUCGGCGGAAUAUCACCGCCGCGCUUGCUGAAUUCUACGUCAGUGUACUUCUUCAUAUUUCAUUAAAAAUUUUUAUUUUUUUUUUCAUUUUCGUCGAAAUUUUUUUUUUCCAUCAAAUGUCUCACACAUAUAAACGCCCUGAUUUGCAAUCUGGAAAACUUUAAAAAGGAAUCAAAGGUUUCGAGUAGGUUCCGAUGUGGAACACAAUGACUCGCCAUCUUCUGAUCGUAAUACAUUCAAUUGUUAAGCGGU